ACCAUUUCUAUGCUACUUUUCUUAAUCAUCUGAAACAUCGAGACCUCACCUUUCUUUCUCCUCUACCAUUCUUCUCUACAUUUGCAGCUUUUACUGCUUUUACACACUCUCUCCCUCAGCUUUUUUUCUUCUUUAUCCACUCUCUUCCUCGAUUCAUGAAAGUCCUUACCAUUGCAAAUUUCUAAACCUUACAGUGCUCUCUCACACAUCAAACUCCUCCCUUCUUACCAUCCAUACAUACCUAAAGCAUAAAGAAAGGAAAAAAAAAAAAGAGAGAAAAAAAAAGAAAGAAAAGAAAAAAGAAUGGCAUAUACGCUGGUCUCGACCGUAGCAGGGAAGUUGAACGACCUCCUCCAAGUUGAGGUGACUUUGUUGGUGGAUGUCACCGAUGAUAUCGAAAAGCUUUCCCGUAUGUUCUCCUUUAUCCAAGCUGUGCUUAAAGAUGCUGAAACUCGGCGAUCGAAUCACGAAGCAGUGAAGACCUGGUUGCAGAAUGUCAAAGAUGUGGCCUAUGAUGUGGAUGACAUAUUAGAUGAGUGGAUGACGGAGGAUCUCAGAUCACAAGCAGCCAGUGGAGGUGAUGUGUCCUGUUUCAGCUUCCUUAUUACUUGCUUACUCUGCCCUGUUACUAGCUUCAAACAUGUCCUGUUACGCCACAAAAUUGGGAGUAGGAUAAAGGAGGUGAGGGGUAGAUUACAUGAUAUCACUGAAGCGAGGAACCAAUUGGGUCUUAGAGCAGAUAGUGGGGAGGGUGAGAGAAUGGUUAGUGAAUUGAUCAGGCGGGGUGAGAACAGAGAGCGAGAAACAAGCUCCUUCGUCAACCCACUGUCAGUGAUAGGCAGAGAAGCUGAUAAAAAUAAAGUCAUAGGCUUGCUGCUGCAGGAGGUAACUGAGGUGCCCUUCGUCAUUUCUAUCGUUGGAAUGGGGGGUUUGGGCAAGACCACUCUUGCUCGGCUCAUCUACAACGAUGAGAUAGUGAAGGGGCAUUUUGACAUGAAAAUGUUGGUUUGUGUUUCUGAAGACUUUAAUGUGAAACAAAUUACGAAAUCAAUAAUAGAAUCUGCAACUAAAACUGGUUGCGAGUCAUUAGACUUGGACCUUUUGCAGGAUCGCCUAUGUCGUAUGUUGCAGGCAAAGAAAUUCUUGCUGGUGCUUGAUGACGUUUGGAGCAAAGACAGCGAGAAAUGGGAGAAGCUGAUACUUCCCUUCCAAGCUGGUGCACCCGGGAGUCGAAUCAUUGUAACCACUCGUAUCGAAGAUGUUGCACGCAUGAUGGGAAGCACUGAUCACAUGCACAAACUGGCGGUCUUAUCCAAUGAGGAUUGCUGGUUAUUGUUCAGAAGUAAAGUGCUGGAGCAUCGGCGUGCAGAAGAGUGUUCUGAGCUGGAAGAUAUUGGAAGGCAAAUUGUAGAGAAAUGUGGUGGGGUGCCUCUCGCUGCAAAGACAAUAGGGAGUGUCAUGCAGUCGAGGAGGACUAGAAGCCAGUGGGAGCUUGUCUUGCGAAGCGAGAUGUGGAACUCAGAUGAUGUCUUUGAAGGCAUUUUACCAGCUUUGUUACUAAGCUACUAUGAUUUGCCUCCAGCUCUGAAGCAGUGCUUUGUAUAUUGCUCCGUCUUUCCGAAAGAUUGGGUGAUAGGGAAGGAUAUGAUUGUCAAGUUAUGGGUGGCACAAGGUUUCAUCUGCUCCGUUAGUGGAAGUGGUGACAUGGAGGAAAUCGGUGAACUGUAUUUCGAUGAUUUGCAAAGGCGCUCACUGCUCCAAAAUGCAGAAAUCGAUAGUAAUGGCAGCAUAGUCUGUUGCAAGAUGCAUGAUUUAGUUCAUGAUCUAGCGCAAUAUGUUGCAGGAAGGGAUUGUUCAGUGGUGGAGAUUAGCGAGGAAGCCUCGUUAAACCUAAAUAAUGUCCGGCAUUCUUUUAUAGUUGACAAUGAUGUAGCUGCUGAGGAAGCUUUGGCUUCCAUUUCGGCCACCUUGCCUAAGGCCCACAAGUUGCGGACGUUGCUACUACAAGACUCAAGAAUCUCCAAGGUGCCAGACAAGUUAUUUCAUCAUUCGAGAUGCCUUAGAGCAUUGGACUUGAGUCGCACUGACAUCAAGAAAUUGCCUGAGACAGUAGGACAGUUGAAACACUUGAGAUAUCUUGAUUUAUCUCACACAGGCAUAGAGGAGUUGCCAGAGGAAUUGAGUAAUUGCAUCAAUUUACAGACAUUGAGACUCAAUCACUGUUCGAAGCUAAGAAAACUGCCUAGAGGGAUGAGGAAAAUGAUUAGCUUGAGACAUCUAGAAUUUGAACGUUCAUUUGAUCUGAGGUACUUACCAGAGGGUACAGGGAGACUAACUGAGCUUCGGACGCUAACAGAGUUCAUUGUGGGGGGUGACGACCAAGGAUGUAAAUGUGGAGAACUGAGACACCUCAAUCAUCUUCAAGGUUGUCUUCCAAUUAUCGGCUUGGAAGGUGUCAGGAGCAGGGACGAAGCUAGCGAGGCAGAACUGCAUCAGAAGCAGCACCUUCGUGCUCUAUCCUUGAAGUACGAUGACGUAGAUGGUGAACCGUUGGAUGAUGAGGUGAAGAGGAUGGACGAUGUGCUCGAAAGCCUCCAGCCUCACGAAAACUUGAAAGAGAUAGAAAUACAGAAUUAUAUAGGUUCCGAGCUUCCCAGGUGGAUAGGGAAUCCAAUGUUCUCCAAUCUACUUGAGGUGAAACUCUCGCAUUGUCCCAAGGUUAAACAACUUCCGGGUCUUGGGAAGCUACCGUCCCUUAAAUUCCUUUUUAUUGACGGAAUGGUAGAGGUGAAAAAAGUGCGUGGUGAGUUUAGCGGGGAUGAUCAAAAUGAUGGAAGUGGUGUCUCAUUCCCCAAGCUGGAGACCCUCUGGUUCCAGGAUAUGCCAAAUUGGGAGGAGUGGGAAUUGAGAGUUGGAAAUAGAGAGGUUAUGCCAUCACUCCUCCAAUUAACAAUAAAAGACUGCAAAAAGCUGACAUCACUACCAGGUGAUUGGUUGGGACAACUAAGAGCUCUCCAAACUCUGGACAUCGCCGAUUGUCUACAGUUGGAGUCUCUGCCAAAGGAGUUGGGACAACUCAAAGCCCUCCAAACUCUGUCUAUCUAUUAUUGUCCACAGUUGGAGUCUCUGCCAAAGGAGUUGGGACAACUCAAAGCCCUCCAAACUCUGUCUAUCUGUAGAUGUCCGUUGGAGUCUCUGCCAAAGGAGUUGGGACAACUCGAAGCCCUCCAAACUCUGGAGAUCCGUAGUUGUCAGUUGGAGUCUCUGCCAAAGGAGUUGGGACAACUCAAAGCCCUCCAAACUCUGGAGAUCCUCUUUGGUAUAGAGUUGAGGUCUCUACCGGAGUUGCAACACCUCACAAUGCUUCAACAAUUGAAUAUCGUCAAUUGUCAACAGUUGAAGUCUAUACCAGAGGAGUUGGGACAACUCAAAGCCCUCCGAGCUCUAGACAUCAGGAAUUGUCAACAGUUGAAGUCUCUACCGGAGGAGUUGGGACAACUCAAAGCCCCCCAAACUCUGGAGAUCCAUGAUUGUCCACAAUUGAAGUCUAUACCAGAGGAGUUGGGACAACUCAAAGCCCUCCAAACUCUGCAGAUCUACAAUUGUCCAAAGUUGAAGUCUCUACCAAAGGAGUUGGGACAACUCAAAGCCCUCCAAACUCUGGAGAUCUCCAUUUGUCCACAGUUGAAGUCUCUACCAGAGGAGUUGGGACAACUCAAAGCCCUCCAAACUUUGGCGAUCUCCAAUUGUCCAGAGUUGAGGUCUCUACCAGAGGAGUUGGGACAACUCAAAGCCCUCCAAACUCUGAACAUAUCCAAUUGUCCACAGUUGAAGUCUCUACCAGAGGAGUUGGGACAACUCAAAGCCCUCCAAACUCUGCUGAUCUCGGCUUGUCCACAGUUGAAAGAGCGCUACCAAGAUUGAGGAGAAGAUCAUCACAAGAUUGCCCACAUCAAGUAUAUCAGCAUUGAUUCAUUUUAAUGAUCCACUCCAAUACGAGGAGAGGAGGUGGAGAGGAAAUCAACAACAGCUUUUCAUUUGUGUUUGUUUCAAGGAAUUGUGUACUUUUUAUUUAUUUAUUUUCAUUUUCCUUUUUUUAAUGGAUUUACUUUUAAUACAUGUCAAUUAAUCUAUAUGGCAGCCUUUUUACUUAUUCCAGGUGUUGUUGUUUGUUGUUUUGGAGGUCAGGUUCAUUUCCCCCCUCCAACUUAUGUAACUUUUCUUUUUAUUAAUAAAGCUUGCAGUGGUA